CUUGACAGAACGCCCCAGGGAACCACACAGAGCCCAGCUCCCAGGGCCCGGUGCAAAGAGGGUGUACCAACUUGUUGGCGUCCCACCCGUAAUAGGCACCCUAGCAAUGUCAGUGAAGCGCUAUGUUGUGCAUGUUCAUAAGGCGGAGCGGCGUAAAGUGAUGAGAGAGAUCUGCUAUCUAUGUAGUCCCUGUCAUGGGAGGAACGUAGCAUCAAUCAACGCCUGAAGUUGAUGGUAACUCCACUGCUUGGCAUCAAGCAACAUUUUGGCUGCGACAGUACUCCCUCUCCCUGCUCUUUGCACGCAGUGGGGAUGAAGCACAACCUGGUCGUCGAUGCUCCAAACUCCUUGAUCCAUUACUCAUCCGGAGGCUGGCAAAUGAUUUCCUUGGCUGGUGACCCCUUCGCAAAUUCUUACCAAAACGGGACUGCGGUAAAGUCUAAAACUGUUGGGCCAACUGCGACGCUUGCCUUUAAUGGUUCUGCGAUUUGGGUGUACGGUGCCCGACGUUCAAACCACGGGAAUUCCUCUGUGAAACAUAACCGCUAGAUAUAAUAGUUAUCUCCCCAACCCAAAUCGAGUCUUUGAAGCCCAACUCUUUUCAUCGCACGGCUUUUCAUCCAUACUAUGACCAUCACCAACUUGGGUGGGGGGCCAUACGGCGAUGUUUUCGACAUUGAUUACAUGACCUGGGGGACAACUAUCAAAGAUGGCUCGAUGCAGCUAAUUGUCGACGACUGGACGUGGUUCAAUUCAAGUCCUACCUCCCUAACCCAUCGUCCUGGACUAUUGGCGAAAAAGACGGCGAGGCGUACAACAAUACGCUGUCAUCGACCCGAAAUCAUGGGGCUAGUGUAUCCCUCGUUCUGUCAACUGCCGACGCAGUCGCCGUAUAUGUACAACUUGGCCCUGGUCAUGGACCUUACACAUGUACUGUAAACAAGACGCUAGGUGGCUC